AUGGUGGGUAGUAGUCGGCUGGGGAUGCGGCAUGUGCGUGACUGCUGUGGUGGCGUAGCAGCCAAUCCGUCGCUGCUGACACUGGCAGCUGUUACGACGACGACGACUCGCAUACAAUACCGUUGGCAGUCUUUCUUUGGCGAGCAUCGUGAAACGGCGCGACGGUCACGGCAAGCACACAGCCAUCCACUGGCACCCAAAGAUCCUGCUGCACGCAACAUCGUAAUUCCCGACACUGUACACGCCAAGUCUUCCUCUCCAGCGGCUCUUCCUGCGGAAGUGCUGCAGAAACGGGCACAACGUGCGCUUCUGAGGCAGCUGCAGCAGAACCUUGUCUGGGAGGGCACUGUCAUUGACGAUGAACGGCACGACUUAAUUCAACAUUUUGUUAAGCUUCGUCAGAACCCCAAGUACCGGUCCUCAAAGCAAAUGAUGAUUUUAGGUGGCAAGGACAUGUUGCGGGAACUGUUUGAGGACGGAUACACGCCGCGGCAUCUUCUUAUCCGCGGCACACAGGAGGUACCUUCAUGGACGAAAACGAAGGGGGUAAAGACGGAGAUUGUGCGCGUUGAUCGACGCGUGGCAGAGGUCUGUGCCCCUGGAAAUGACGGCUACAUUGGUGACUUUGACAUUCCUUCACCCCCGGCAAAGGAGAAUCUUAUAGCCAACAAGCAACGAUUUGACCGCAUUCUUGUGCUUGACAAUGUUGACGAACCCGGUUUGCUGGGAACCUUGCUGCGGACCGCCGCUGGCUUUCAUUACGAUGCGAUUAUUACGACCAACCACUGUGCUGACCUUUAUGACCAUCGCGUGCUUCGGGCAGCUCGCGGUGCCCACUUUCAGAAGGGAGUGCCGAUAUAUAUUCUGAAAGACGAAGACGGCGAUGACGUGUACGGUAUGUUGAACCACAUUCUAAAGAGAAACAACAUGUCCACUGUUUGCUUUACCCCGGUCGAUGAUGAUGUGGAGAACAAAAGUAAUGUCAAAGAGUCAACAAGUGUGGUGUCGCGUAGCCCCACUGCUCAUGUAGGUACCGUUGCAAGGGAAGGGCUUUCUGAUUACUGUCAUCGUUGCUUUACAAAUGAAGAGGCGAAGGGUCAGCUCCUCAUUGCCGGUCCGAAUCAUAAACGUAAUUCGCUGCGACGGUGGUCAAAACGGCUUGCCAGCCCUGUGACUCGGUUGCUGCUGGAUGAGGUAACACAGACUGAUUUGUUGGUAGCGCUUUCUGUUGUUAUUCAUGCCCUGCGGCCGCAUGGAAACUGGGAUUAUCUCCCCACGAGCGAGACGCCUGACAGUCAUACCGCUACCUUGGAGCUGCAGACAUUGAAGGCAACGGUUGAUAUUGGUGCGGAUCGUCUAGAUCUACGCGAAACGGACUUGAAUCUUGAUGAGGAGGAACAAGUGGAGAAGGCCCGGUUAAAGAAUGAGUUUAUGCGAUGGAAGCGGCUGCAGCGUCGAAAAAUGAGCGACUACGAACACUGGAUGGAGGCGGAGACGCAACGCGUGCGGGAGAUGGCGGCGAACGAAAGGCGGCGGCAGGUGAUGCCGUGGGCUCGACUGUAUUGGCGUCACCAGAAGGGGGCAGCAGGGCUGCCGCCGUCGGUGCCAAACAUCAUUGAUGAGUAUCGCAUGCCGCUUGAUCGUGACGCUCUUCGUGAGGAACAGGAGGUGAGUACGAGCUAUGUGAGGCCGGAGAACUACAACCGGUAG